AUGGCAAUGGAUAUCUAUUUAGAACACAAAGAUCGUCUUGCGCCUGACGAUGCUCUGGCGUCUAGGUCCCGCCGGCCCCUCGGAGCAUUGAGAGCUCAAAGCCUACCGAUCCCGCCGCCAAGGACCUCCUUCUCAUCAGAUGCCAAAGGUGCAGACAUGAACCUCUUCCAAUCUCCGAGAAUGUCAAUCUCCUCAUUCACAAGUAUGAAAAGCACUGGAUCUUCCGCUACCACCUAUACAUACUCAACCGCCCCAAGCACUCCAGUGUCACUCGUCUCUAGACGAUCGCCCCACUCAAGCCAAUUACAGUUACGUCCUAAAACACUUCGCCGACCAGUCUUCCAAGGUCUGCCGUUGGAGAUUUACGACUGCAUAUUACAACAGCUGAGAGUACUCCACGAAGAUCCAGCGUCGCAAAGCUGCCAAACUUGUCAUCUUCGAGAUCUCUGCUCUCUUGCUUUGACCAGCAGAGCAUGGGACAAAGCUGUUGUCAAGCGGAUGUAUGAUCGGAUACAUCUUGUGGGACCCGACUCGAAGGAACAGAUGAAGAAAUACAAAAUGAAGACUGGAGUACGGUUAAAACUGUUAAGGCGGACACUGCGGGAACGAAGCUUCCUUGCGCAGCACGUCCUCGAGCUCAAGGUCCCUUGCCUUCAAGCCGAGGGUGACCCCUUGAGGAAAGACAUGAUCAAUAUAGUGGCAUCAUUAGUCAUGGCCUGUCCCAACCUUGAGAGGCUAGUCGGUUUUUAUCCCGUCUAUGGUCAUGAAUUCGAUCGAUUAACCCAUGCCUUGUCAACUCGAAAGAAAUUGAAAGAGCAGAUGUGGUUGAUUGGAGAAAACGCCGCCAUAACCCAGCGGAGUCAGAAGCAACUGGCUCCUGGUCUAAUGGAUCCAGAGCAGAAGGAAUCAUUCGUCUCUUUCCAUCAUGCUUGGACUUCGCUAACAACGUUGUUCCUUCACUCCCCUGGCCUUGGAAUCUUAGAAAAGGACAUCUUUGUGAGUAUCAAGAACCAUGGAGAUCCACGCAGAGUUCAAGGACCAGGGAUUUUGCAUCGAUUACCAGCCCUGAAACACCUGUGCAUCUCGAGUUUCGAUAUGGACGAUUUUGACGACUAUACCCUGCAGUAUCUGCCAGCGCUUCAUUCUCUGCGUCUCCAGGAUCUCGAAGGGGUCACUUUCUGGGGCCUCUCAGAGUUUUCGCGUAUUACAAACGCCUUUUCUCUUCGCAAUCUCUCAUUAAUCAACCUAGACGUCAUGUACAUAUCGGCCAUCUCGAAUCUGCUCCUCCACCUGAAGAACCUCAGACGGUUCACUUUGGUACAAGACACUUCACCCGAAGUUGCUGAAGGAGAAAUAGCCAUCCUGCCCAUCAUCGCAUCUCACCUGCUCGAGUUCCUCCACUGGGAAAUCAUCGUUCCCGGUUCUGCGAACGUAAACCUAGCAGAUUCCAUUAGGGCAAAAGGCUUCCCGCGGCUCCGUACAAUAAGAGCUCCCUCAGAUCACCUCGGACUGCUCCAGGCUCUCUGCAAACCCAGAGCCCAGAUCGAACUGCCGAGUGACUGGAACAGCAUUAAUAACGCUCACACCAUGGCGCCCGACAGCCUUCUCACCUCCCGCCGCGCCGCCCAGCUAAGACUCGAGGAGGCAUGGAACACCGUGCAGUUCAAAGUCGUCGUGCAAGAAGAAGACUUCGUGCAUGAGAUUUUCGAUCUCAAUGGCUUCAUCGGCGAGAUUGGCUCCAAGAUCGAUUACAGUCUCGAGCCCGAUGUACCCGGGAGUGAUCAGGCGUGGAUUGAUUUUCCGGAUGUGGUUAGUGGCAGGGAUGAGAUGGCGUUCAAGGAUUCGUGCAGAGGGUUGUGGAAUGCGAGUAACCCGGGGGGUUACAAGUGGUGGCAACAUACUGAGAGGCCGAGGUAUCGGAGGGUUGAUUUGCUGGAUUUCUUUUAG